ACAGAGACUAAACCCUUCCCUCUCCCCUCUCCUUUCCUCCUCCCUCUCGCUCUUCGACCCAAACCAGCCACCGCACCUCGCCGUCGCUUGUCCCUCCGUCGACGACAAUCGCCACCGCACGCGGCGUCAAUCACCGUCGCCGUCGAGCCCCCCUGUCAGCCCGUCUCACCGCCGAUUUCAACCGAAGCCACCGCGACCACACCUUCAUCGCUCUGGUGUUGGAACAAAAAUGGUAAUGCAAGAUGAAGAAAUCACACGGCUUUACAGAAUUCGGAAGACAGUGAUGCAGAUGCUGAAGGAUAGAGACUAUAUGGUGGGUGACUUUGAGAUUGAGAUGACAAAGUAUCAGCUUGUUCAGAAGUUCGGGGAGAAUAUGAAAAGAGAAGACCUCAUAAUUCAAAAAGGCUUGCGCAGUGACCCCAACAAUCAGAUAUAUGUGUUCUUUCCCGAGGAACCGAAAGUCGGGGUCAAGACUAUGAAGACCUACACGAAUCGCAUGAAAGAAGAAGGUGUUCAUCGGGCAAUCUUAGUGGUUCAGCUGAAUUUAACUCCAUUUGCUCGUUCAUGUGUCAAUGAAAUAUCCACUAAAUUUCACCUUGAAGUUUUCCAGGAGGCCGAACUGUUAGUCAAUAUUAAAAACCAUGAACUUGUACCCCAGCACCAGUUACUGACACCCGAAGAAAAGAAGACUUUGCUUGAAAGAUACACUGUGAAAGAAACACAGUUGCCUCGCAUCCAGAUAACGGAUCCUAUUGCAAAAUAUUAUGGGCUAAAGCGCGGACAAGUUGUUAAAAUCAUACGACCAAGUGAGACCGCAGGGCGUUAUAUCACUUACCGAUAUGUUGUCUAAACUUCUAAAGCUUCUCUUUUUAGUGGUUUUAUUUAUUUCUUUUGGAUAACGUAGGAGCCUGCAGUCGCUACCCGAUUCUUUUUAGUGGUUUUGAGUAUGUGACAUUAUACCUAUUUACUUUACUAGUGAAGUGUUUUUAUGUAGUUUCUUGGUGUCUAUGGGUUCUUGAAUUGAAAAUUUGAUCAUGAAGAAACCUCAAUCAGAAUUGGAUGUAAAGGAUAAA